AUGUCGAAAUUUUCGGUCAAAAAUGGGCACAUCAAACGAAUCACUGAUGAGGAGAUCCAAUCGCUGGUUUUGGAGAUAAUGGGAGCCAAUGUUAGCACUUCGUAUAUUUCGUGUCCGGUCGAUCCGAAAAAGACGCUCGGAAUCAAAUUGCCCUAUUUCGUGAUGGUUGUGAAGAACAUGAAGAAGUAUUUCACGUUUGAGGUGCAAAUUUUGGACGACAAAGGGGUGAAGCGUCGAUUUCGCGCCUCGAAUUUCCAAUCGUCGACAAGAGUGAAGCAAUUCAUUUGCACGAUGCCGAUGCGUCUCGACGAGGGCUGGAAUCAGAUCCAGUUCAAUCUCAGCGAUUUUGUGAAGCGCGCCUACGGCACGAAUUAUGUGGAGACACUUCGGAUUCAGAUUCACGCGAAUUGCCGAUUGCGACGCGUCUAUUUCGCCGAUCGACUUUAUACGGAAGACGAGCUUCCCGCCGAGUUCAAAUUGUAUUUGCCGAUUCGCGGAGCGGCGGCAUCGUCGUCGCAGGCCGGACCCAGUGGAAUGGCCCUAACUGCGGAAUAA